AUGUCUCUCUUCCAACCCCCAUCCAAACCUUCAAGCCCCCUAGCAAACCACCGUAUCCUCUCCCCAACAGCUUCAGUCAAAGUCUCCCCCAUCUGCCUUGGGGGCAUCAGCUUCGGAAAUGAAUGGAGCGAGCUGUUCGGAGUCAGCGAAGAGCCCUUUAAGCUACUAGAUGAAUUCUUCGCGCUGGGCGGUAACUUCAUCGACACCGCGAAUGUCUACAACAAUGGGCAAUCCGAGGCCCAUAUUGGCGCCUGGAUGAAGGACCGGGGUGUCCGGGACCAAAUGGUGAUUGCGACCAAGUACUCGGCGCAUUGUCGUGCUGGUAGCCGUGAGAGUGACCCUCUGCAGAGUAACUUUGUGGGAAACUCAGCGAAGAGUAUGCUUGUUUCUGUGAGGGAGAGUUUGAAGAGGCUGGAGACGGAUUAUAUUGAUAUUCUUUAUGUUCAUUGGUGGGAUUUUGCUACGUCUGUGGAAGAAGUCAUGACCCAUCUACAUUCCUACGUCAUGUCGAAGCAAGUGCUGUAUUUGGGUGUUUCUGAUACUCCAGCAUGGGUCGUUGUGAAGGCCAACGAGUUCGCCCGAAAAAACGGUCUCACCCCAUUCUCCAUAUACCAGGGUCGCUGGAACGCUGCAUACCGUGACAUGGAAGCCGAGAUCAUCUCCAUGUGUGAAGACCAGGGGAUGGCAAUUGUUCCCUGGGCUGCACUCGGGGGUGGCUUACUUCUGUCUUCUCAGCAGCGACGAGAACGGGAAGAAAAGCUAGCUGGACAGAAGAGUUUUUACGAGCUGGACGUGCAUGAGAUCUCUGUAUCAGAUGCUUUGGAGAAGGUCGCUGUUACGAAGGAGACUACGGUCCAAGCCAUUGCCCUGGCGUAUCUUUUUCAUCAGUCGACCUAUGUGAUACCCAUUGUUGGGGUCCAGAGUGCAGACCACAUUAAGGUCAUGAACGAUGCGAUUACGACAAAACUUUCGCUUGAAGAAAUUCAGUCAAUACAAAAGGCUGCACCAUUUGAGCCCUUAUUCCCGAUGAGCUUCUUGUUCGGCUCCAAGGAAUAUAGCACUCGGUUGACCCCUGCGGAUAACGUGCAAUAUGGGAUGUGGGCGCGCUUUGAUGCGCCGGUGAAACGAACUGUCUACAACUAG